UUCUAUACACGUUGCCUAUAUGUGAGUAUUAUAUAUAUAAAUAUAGGUAGUCUUCAACACUGAAUAUGGGCAUAGCUAACUUAUUUUAAAUUUAGAAAGACUUUGAGAUAUAUAUAUAAACAUAAUAUAGCAAUGAAUCCAGAAGGAUAUCAUUUCAGUCAUCCACAUCAUCCAUUUUAUCAAAUAAGAGAUUAUCAAUAUGUACCAUAUUGGAGUACUUGCGGCUUGUGCAAUCAAUUACUCACACGGGGAGAUAAGUUUUACGAUUGCAGUUGGUGUUCGUAUCUUAUGCAUAAAGAAUGUGGUGAGUUGCCGGAGCACAUGAACAACCACACCUUGCACGAUCAACACCCUCUCACCCUUCGAAAAAUUCACAACAACAACAUCAGUAGUUCAUGUUGCUUUUACUGUGACAAACCCUUCGGAGAUGAAUAUGCUUACAGCUGCCAGGAGUGUGAUUUCUACAUGCAUAUCAAAUGUGCUUCAACCCCAUUGCCCACCCUUACAUCCCAUGAUGGGGAUAUUGUUCGAUUCUCUUGUCAUCAACAUCCAAUGGCUAUUGUCCAUCAACAUGAUGAUAAAGGUAACAAUUGUUUUGCGUGUCAAUUACCUUGGUCCACUCCAUCCUAUUCCUGCACAACACUCACCUGUAAGAAUUUUAUCCAUAAGUCAUGUGCAGAAUUACCCCAAACAAUUAAUCAUCCUUUCCAUUCACACCAACCUCUUAAACUUCAAAUAACCAAGCUUCAAACUUGCGAUGUCUGUUGCAAGAAAGAUUGUAAGCUCAGUUUUAUUUGUUGUGAGAGUGGAUGCAACUUUAAAUUGUGUACUAAAUGUACCAAUCUUCACACAACUGUAAAAUGUCGUAGUCAUGAUCACUUGCUUGCUUUGGUGGAAAAUGCAUGUUGUGAUCAUAAUAUUCAAUGUGAUGCUUGUUUGAGGUCAUAUAAGGGAUUGCAAGGUCCAUCUAAUCGAGCUAAUUCUGAAGUUCAACGUACUCAAUCACUCUUGUUUCGUUGCAUGGAAUGCACUUACAAUCUCCAUUUUAUCUGUGGCCCAUUGCCAUUUAUGAUUAAAGAUGACUACCACAUUCACAAAUUGACUCUUGUUGAUUCACUAAAUGAAGAAGAGUUCGACGAAUAUUAUUGUGAUUCUUGCGAAGAAGAAAGGAAUCCACAAUUUCGUGUGUACACAUGCACUGACUGCAAAUAUCCAACGCACGUUCAUUGCAUGAUGACCGAGAUUAUGAAAGCAAUAAAAGGAGAGACAAACACCAAUAAUGAUGUGGAGUUAGUGGCCCUUGGAGAGUCUCGAUGGGACUGGACCAUUUAUGAAAAAACAGAACACCACCAACAUCAGACCCUUCAAGACAUAAUCAAUACACUAACCCUAGAAGAAAAACAAAAAUUGAUUCAACCAUUUGAUUUUACUUAUUCCAAAAUCAUAUACAAUUACUACCGAAAUUUAAAUUCUCAAUUUGAUGAGUUAGGAUCUCUUGAAAAUUUCAACAAAUUUAAAGACUUUUUGCAAGAUGGCUAUGAUAAAUUUUGUAGAGAAGUGUAUUGCUACACAAGUGAAGAAGGUUUAAAAGUAGAAGAUGAGAAGUAUUUAAGACAAGAGGUUGUGGAAGUAGUGGAGGGUAAAUACAUGGUCCCCAACACAUUGGCCCCUAUUCUCAUUACAUUCAUCCGCAAGUACGGAGAUCUUGAUGGGCAAUCUCGUUUGACAAGUGGAAUGAGGAGUGUCAUCUCUACCUUACUAUGUAUUGUCAUUGACAAAAUGUGUAGAACUAAGCUUGAAGACAUCACAAUAGAUCAUCUUAAACAAUGGGAUUUCUACCUACAUGGCAUUCAAGAGAUCUCAGGCUUCAAUGUGGAUCCAAUCCGUACGAUUUUGUAUGACAAGUUCUUGAGAGCCUAUUUGGGUUAUAAAGUCAUUAGAUGGGAAGAAGAAGUCCCUAAAAAGUUAGACCCAGAAAUUGCUACACUGAAAGCCAAAUUAGAAAGAUGUGAGAAGAUGCGAGAAGAACUCCCAACAAUCUUGUCUAAUAAGUCAUCCUUUAAAUUAGAAUGCUUAAGGGAAACUGCUAAAUGGAAGAACAAGACUCCAGGGGAUGCCAUGUUUUAAUAAUAUUAUUCCAUCUUACAAUAAUAGUUUUUAUUUUUAUUUAUGUUUAUG